UCAGAUUUAAUAGUGGGAGUGUUUGGAGCAGACAAAGCUGUUUUAUACAGAGCUCGACCAGUCAUCAGUGUGAACGCCACGUUAGACAUCACGCCUCAGAUCAUCAACCCAGAGGAGAAGACCUGCACACUUCCUGGAACAACCACUCAUGUGUCCUGUUUUACGGUGAAGUACUGUCUGAAGGCCAGCGGCACCGGAGCUCCGGCUGUUCUCAAUUUCCGUGUGGACCUGACGUUGGACCGCCUGAAGCAAAAGGAGGCGACUAAACGCGUCCUCUUCCUGCACAGUCGGACCUUUCAGUACUCAAAGAACAUGGCGGUGUCCAACAGCAAAACCCCGACCUGCGAGGAGCAGUCCGUCUUCCUGCGGGACGACCGUGAGUUUCGGGAUAAGAUCACUCCCAUCUCCGUGGCCAUGGAGUACAGUCUGGACUACCAGCUGGCUGCAGACCCAACCGGACUGCUGCCCAUCCUCGACAUAUCGGCCCCGACCGACGUCACCAAGCAGGCUCACAUCCUGCUGGACUGUGGAGAGGACAACAUCUGUAAACCGGACCUGAAGCUGUCGGUGAAGAGCGACCGGGAGCAGAUCUACAUCGGCGACGAGAACGCUCUGACUCUGGAGAUCAGCGCUGAGAAUCAGGGAGAGGGAGCCUACGAGGCCGAACUCCACGUCUACCCUCCACAGCAGGCCGACUUCACCGGCGCCGUCCGCAGUCAGGUGACUCCCUCGCGGCUUUAAGGUUCCU